UGCCACCUCAUCCCUGUAACGGUCUCCCGCCCGCCAUAUAGUCCAAUGACUCAUUCUGGGAGAACGUCAUAUGAUGUGCUCCCAAUCUUACUGCGCAUGCGUGGCUCCGGGAGCGUGCAAUGUGGCGAUCGGCGGUGCGCUAUCAGUGUACCCUGAUGAUCAGUGUAGCCCCAGCAGUGCCACCUAUCAGUGCCCAUCAUUGCCAGCUAUCAGUGCUCAUCCAUGCCACCUGCUAGUGCCCAUCAGUGCCACAUUGAUGCCACAUAUCAGUGUCUACCAGUGCCUACCAGUGCACAUCAAUUCCACAUAUCAGUGCUCAUCUGAGCUGCCUUUCAGUGUCACCCAUCAGUGCCAGUCAGUGCCAGCUAUCAGUGCUGCUAAUCAGUGGCAGUCAGUGCCGCCUAUCAGUGUGCAUCAGUGUCACCUAUCAGUGCCCGUCAGUGCUGCCUAUCAGUGCCGCCUAACAGUG